ACUGAUAAAACGUGGCAUGAUAUAAGACCUGUACUAGUUAGCCACCUCUCGUCAUGAAUUCGUUUGUUUUCCUUUGUAUUGCUUUCGUAGCUGGAGAAAAAAGACUUCUUUUGAAUGAUCCGUCUUUGCUACAGACUAAACUGGACGCCCUGGAAACCAAAUUUAUGGACCUCAUGACAAAGUACACUUCACAGGAAUCGGUGAUCAAUGAACUCAAGUCUAAAAACAAUGACCAGGAUAGAGUGAUCAAUGACCUAAGGGGAAAACUUGAUAACUCGGUACAAGGUGGUGCGACGUUUGUUCGUUGGGGUAAAACGUCUUGUCCUUCGAACACAACGGAUCAAAUAUAUUCAGGUUUCAUCGGUGGUUCAAAUUACCACAGCAGUGGUGGAGCGGCUGAGUAUGUUUGCCUUACUCCAGAUCCGGAUUUUACAUCAAUCAGUUCAAGAAAAUUCCGUAGACAUGUAGUUGGUGUCAAUUACAUCUUCUGUUGGCCCGCGGAAUGUCUGGUAGUAGUCGGGACGUGA